AUAACCUAUUAACCUAAGAAAUAAAUUCAAAAGGGAAAAAGUAGAAAUAUGACCUCGAAAAUCUCUACAAUUCAAGUGACUCUCCUAUUAGCCUACCUAACAACCCAAGUUGUUUUAUCUGAUGACAAUGUGCCAAUACCAGCUAACAAGGCAGAAUUGGACUCAUGGUUUAAAACUAAUGUGGGGCCUUUAGAUCAAAGAAAGACAACCUUGGACCCAAAAUUGGUGGCCGCUGAAGAAGGUGCUAAGGUUGUCAAGGUAAUGAAAGAUGGUAGUGGAGAAUUUAAAACCAUCACUGAUGCCAUUAAGAGUGUGCCUGAUGGGAACACCAAGCGUGUAAUUUUUUACAUUGGAGCUGGAAAUUAUAAUGAAAAAAUCAAAAUUGAGAAAACAAAGCCUUUCAUAACCUUGUAUGGGUCACCACAGAAUAUGCCAAACAUAACCUUUGCAGGAACGGCUAAAACAUAUGGAACUGUUGAUAGCGCUACAUUAAUUGUUGAAUCAGAUUACUUUGUGGCAGCUAACAUCAUUAUCUCGAACUCUGCACCUAGACCUGACGGAAAAAUGGUAGGAGCUCAAGCAGUUGCAUUGAGGAUUUCUGGUGACAAAGCAACAUUUUAUAAUUGCAAGUUUUAUGGCUUCCAAGACACAGUGUGUGAUGAUAGGAAUAAACAUUUUUUCAAAGACUGCGUAAUUCAUGGCACUAUGGAUUAUAUUUUUGGAAGUGGGAAGUCACUAUAUUUGAAGAAUGAGUUGAGAACACUUGGCGAGGAUAAGGUUACAGUUAUAGUGGCACAAGCAAGAAAAAGUGAGACAGAGGACAAUGCUUACAUAUUUGUACAUUGUGACGUUACUGGAACUGGGAAUGAAACUUUCUUAGGGAGAGCAUGGAUGACUCAUCCAAAAGUGGUCUUUGCUUACUCAACCAUGAGUAACGUUGUAAAAAAAGAAGGAUGGAGUAACAAUAAUAACCCUGCAGCUGACAAAACUGUACGAUUUGGAGAGUAUAAGAACACAGGACCUGGUGCAGAUCCCAAAGGUCGUUCUCCUUUAGCUCAUCAACUAACUGAUGAGGAGGUCAAACCUUACAUAACUCUUGGUGUGAUUGAAGGAUCCAAAUGGCUACUUCCUCCUCCAACUCCCAAAAUAUGAUUAAGUACUGUAUGUUUAUAUAUGGCUUAAGGAAUGGCCAUGUGCCCCACAUUUUUGUGGAUGGUGAAUUUGGAAAAUUGUAUUCUAGUUAAGCAUUAAAUUGCUCAAGUUAUUUAAUUUUGUUGACUUAUAAAUUUUUUCUUUCAAAUUGGACAUUUUAAAAUUAAGUGAGGUCCUUGUAAAAACUUAGAUUAGUUGAUAUAUAAGUCAUGUAUUUAGGUGUUGAUGCACACCAUCAUAACACCCUUGUCAAAAAUAAAUAAAAGAUCAAUAUGAUUAUUAUAACUUCAA